GCGCGCCACAAGCGGAAACGGUUGCUAUGGGUUUAACGGCUGUGGCGGCGCGAGGGAGCCGCGCUCGGCCGUUACGGCCUCUGUUGAGCGCUGGCCUCCGCGCUCUGUCGGCGUCGGCUGCCCGGGCGCGGCCUCGCGGGCUGGUCUACGAGCAGCAUGGGGAGCCGGCUCAGGUCCUAAACCUAAAGGAGAUAGAUCUGGCAGAGCUGGGGGAUUCUGGAGUCAAUGUGAAAAUGAUUGCAGCCCCUAUCAAUCCAUCUGACAUCAAUAUGAUUCAAGGGACGUAUGCUACUCUGCCUGGCUUGCCUGCGGUUGGUGGGAAUGAAGGAGUUGGACAAGUGAUUGAAGCUGGGAGUCGUGUGACUUCUCUGAAGCCAGGUGAUUUGGUUAUCCCAGCUGAUGCAGGACUUGGAACAUGGCGAACAGAGGCAAUAUUUGGUGAGGAGACCCUGCUGAAAAUUCCUGCUGACAUCCCAUUAACUUGCGCUGCCACUUUAAGUGUCAACCCCUGCACAGCUUAUCGGAUGUUGUUGGACUUUGAGGUCUUGAAGCCAGGAGAUUCAGUCAUCCAAAAUGCAGCCAAUAGUGGAGUGGGGCAGGCCGUCAUCCAGAUCGCAGCAGCCAAGGGAUUCAAAACAAUAAAUGUGGUCAGAGAUAGACCCAAUCUCCAGGAGCUUGUAGACAGACUGAAGUCCCUUGGAGCAGACCAUGUCAUCACAGAGGAGAUGCUGAGAAAACCGGAAGUAAAAGAGCUGUUUAAGAAAAUCCCUAGGCCCAUAUUAGCUUUGAAUGGCGUUGGAGGGAAAAGUGCCACUGAGUUGCUGCGUCACCUGCAGCACAAAGGGACCAUGGUUACCUAUGGUGGAAUGUCAAAGCAGCCUAUAACAGCCCCUGUGAGUGCACUGAUCUUUAAGGAUGUGAAACUUCGUGGCUUUUGGAUGACCCAGUGGAAGCGGGACAAUGCACAGAACAAAGAGAAACUGAGAGGAAUGAUUGAAGAUCUAUGUGAUCUCAUUCGUAAGGGUCAGCUCACAGCUCCAGCCUGCCAAGAAGUCCCACUGAUAGACUACCAAGCUGCUGUGGAGUCUUCCAUGAAGCCCUAUGUAUCAGCUAAACAGAUCCUCGUUAUGUGAAGCUGGUCUGAUGGGAAAAUUUGUACACAGCCUGUUCAGAUGGAGGUCAGCCCCAGCUGGUCUGAGGGCUCCCAGGACUAGAAAACUGAACUUUUUCACAGCCCCAUGCCCUGCAGCUUGGCAGAGGGGGAACUGUGGAGGGCAAAUGGCCCAGACGAUCUAGUAAUAGUGGUGGUGGGAGAUCAAAGCUCUUGUUUCUAUAUGACUAGGAAACAUGGUUUCAUGGCAGAAGGUGGGGUGGAGGAUGAACCUAGGGAGACUUUCCCUCAGUGUACCCUGAUCCAGAUUUUCAGUGAAGGGAUUGUACAAAAGCUGCUGUGUGCUCAAAUUCAGAGUGCCUACUGCCAGAGCAUGUGAUCAAGCAGCCUCAUGGCACUGCUUUUUGUGACCCUGGAGAUGAGUCCUCCUAUAGCACACUUUUUGCUGGCUUUUCUCUGCACUUCGGCUCUAAUUCUGCAGAUUGAUUGCAUUUUCUAGGAUAAGGUACUACUGCAUAAUUAGGAGGUAUUUGGCUUUCUUUGGAUGGAGAACAGCUUUUGAAUUAUGGACAGCAAAACCUGUCUGUUUUCUACAGAUCUUUCUUUUGUUUCUUUUCCACUUGUAACACUUCCUGUGUUUGUCCUUGCCUUGAGUAGCAAUGUGCCCCCACCAUUCAAAGUCAGGCAUGAAAGUGAUUGUACAUUAGUGGCGUAAAGUUUUAUAUGGGAAGACAGAUCUGGUCAAGACUUCAGGAAAAGUGAGGCUUGCCUACUAGCCCUCUUAAUGUCUAGUGCGUUGUAAUUCACAUUGUUGGUCCAUUAGCGAUGGGCAACAUGAGCUGUAUCCAGCCUACCAAGUCUUUUCCCCUGGAGUUACUACUUUGCAGGUUACUUUCUGAGAGUGUUGAUGUGGCAGAUGCAGCCUGCAGUCCUCAAGUGUCAUCUUCCUAAUCUGUAUAUAACGCAUAGAAAUACUAGUUUAAAAUUGGUUAUUUAUAUCAAGACUGUUGUAACUGAAAUGAAGGCAAAUUGUAUUUGAUUGCAAACCUGUUCUUGCAGAACCGUGUAAUGACCGUUGAAAUGCCAAUGAUUUUCGUUUCCAAUAAAAUUCUCUAGCUCUGA